AUGACAGAAUCAUCAUCGACGUUGAUAUUAGAUUAUGAGAAGGUAAAUUUCUCCAAGAAAGAGACUGAAAAGAGGCAGCAAGAAGCAGAGGGUCUUGAGGAACGACCAGGCUGGCUUCCAGAUGGUUGGAUAAUGGAGAUCAAUCUUGGUGGCGAUGGCACCAUCUACCGAUACUACACAUCUCCUCUAUCAGGAUUGACAUUCACGAUGAAGUCGGAGGUGCUAGAAUACCUUUUUUCUGGAAUGGAUGAGCGCUUCUUGGAAUCAAAGAACUAUGCCGCACAUAAUAAGCUCGUGAUGACACAUGAAUGGCUUCCAAAUGACUGGUUGAUUGAGAUUAGAGCGGGUGGAGAGAACACGGACAAGAUGUUUAAGUUUUAUGUUUACCCACCAGCAGGAGUUCGACUGUUUUCAAAAGAGGAUGUAUUGACCUAUAUUAAUAAGUGUAAGAUUACUCCAUUUGAUACAAACGGACAAUGUGACACAAGGACCAAAGAUAAUAUUCUUGCAAAUGUGGAAUUUAAUCCACAUUCUCUGCCUAAAGGAUGGGUGAAAGAACUGGUGUUUAGAAAGACAAAGGAUGCUGUCAGAAAAGACCCGUAUUACACGGAUCCUGUUAGCAACUACUCAUUUCGCACAAGGAGGUCUGCAAUGCUCUUUGUUCAGACAGGAAAAGUACCUAGACGUGCAUUUAUUCAGAGAACAAGUGUCCAUGACCUCUACUCUUUUGAGAAGUCAGCUGAUCUGCAUGAAAGUCUGAGGAAAAGACUGUACUUUACACCUACGACUAAUCGGCGACCCAGAGGAUCAUUAAAAUCAAAAAAAUCGUCACUAAGAGAAGAGAUACUCAGCGAUGAGGAAAGUUCAUAUAGCUCUGAAGAUGAUGACUUCUUUGAUGAUUCAUCAGACUCAUCAAAUGAAAUUGGAAGAAACAAGGUCCAAGUUGCAAAGGCUACACGCAAGCCCAGAAAAGUGAUGUCCUUAAACGAUAUCAAGCGUCCAGUCGGGAGGCCCCGAAAACAACCCAAUGAAACUAAGGGAAAGCAGUGUGAUGCGGAAAUCAAACGAGAGAGUGAAAGUGGCUAA